AAAGAACAACAAACAAAUUUUGACAAAGAGUAUGAACGAGGAGGCGUGGCUAUUUACAAUCCUCAUCUCAUCAUCAUCACACAAAUUUCUAAAACUUUCUAAAUAAAACUUAAUGAUUAUCCAUUAUUCAUUCCCACAACUAAUUAUGGAGCCAAUUUACCCACUAAUUACUCUCCUCUUAAUCCUUGUUAUUACCUUACUCUACUUCACGUACCACCAAAUUACAACCACCAAAAAACAACUUCAUCUUGGCUUCAAAACAUACCCUUUCUUAGGCACCCUCCCACAAUUCUUAGCUAACCGCCACCGCUUCCUCGAUUGGAGUACCGAGGUUCUCGCUUCCAUCCCAACCCACACCUCCAUCUUCUUCCGCCCUGGCAAAGUCCACGGUGUCAUCACCGCUUAUCCUCCCAACGUUGAACACAUCCUCAAAACUCGCUUUGACAACUACCCGAAAGGCGCUCGCUUCGCUUCUCUCUUGCAUGACUUUCUCGGCACCGGUAUCUUCAACGCCGACGACCAUCUUUGGCGUGUUCAACGUAAGACUGCCAGCUUUGAGUUUAACAAACGUUCCCUUAAGAACUUUGUCUUAGAUAGUGUAAGGUCCGAGAUUAUAACCCGGCUCAUCCCUAUUUUAAAAGAAGCAUCCGGUUCAAACCGGGUUCUUGAUUUGCAAGAUGUUCUCGAGCGGUUCGCUUUUGAUAAUGUUUGUAAGUUGGCGUUUGAUUAUGACCCGGGUUGCUUGGCGGGUAAUGGGUCGGGCGAGUCUGAAUUCAUGCGGGCUUUCGAGGAAGCCGCUACGCUUAGUGCGGAGCGUUUCAUGUACGCGCUCCCUUUUCUAUGGAGAAUCAAGAAGUUGUUUAACAUAGGGUCGGAGAAGAGGUUAAGGGAUUCAAUUGAGACCGUCAAUGGGUUUGCUGAUAGGAUCAUACGGACGAGGUUAGACGAAAUAUCACGAGAGCAAAGAAUUAAUAAUUUAAAUUAUCAAGAUUUGUUGUCACGUUUUAUUUCAUCCACAGAAGAAAUUAGUGAAGUACAACGUGAUUGUAAUUUCCUAAGGGAUGUUGUAAUAAGUUUUAUCCUAGCUGGGAGGGACACAACGUCAUCUGGAUUAAGUUGGUUUUUUUGGUUGUUAUCAAAUAAUUCAGAUGUUUUAACAAAGAUUCGGUCUGAAGUAGGCAACGUUCGGGCUAGAGCCGAUAAACAAGUCGGGGAUUCAUACAAUUUUGAUGAUUUAAGAGAAAUGAAUUACUUACAUGCGGCAUUAUCUGAGACCUUACGAUUAUAUCCUCCUGUGCCUGUAGAUACAAGAUCAUGUUCGGAGGAUGAUAUAUUUCCUGAUGGUACGAAGGUUAAGAAGAAUUGGUUUGUCACGUAUAACACAUAUGCUAUGGGGAGAAUGGAGAGCAUAUGGGGAAGAGAUUGUUUGGUGUUUCGACCAGAAAGAUGGAUCGAUGAAAACGGUUUGUAUAAACCGGAAAAUCCUUUUAGGUACCCGGUUUUUCAUGCCGGUCCGAGGAUUUGUUUAGGGAAAGAGAUGGCAUAUGUACAAAUGAAGUCGAUAGUAGCUUGUGUGGUGGAACAAUUUGACGUGGAUGUGUUAGGGAAAGAAAAAUGUCCCGAAUAUUUGUUGUCAUUGACCUUAAGGACGAAAAAUGGACUUCCUGUGAGGGUGAAGCCAAGAAAAUUGUAAUGGGCCGGGUAAAUGUGAUGAAUAUUUGUUUGUCUAUAUAAUGCUUCUCCGUGCUUAGUUAUUGUAAUAAUUAAUCUGUAGGAUGAUGUUUAUGGAUGGUCGCAAUUUGGAUUA